CUUGAUGGGAAAGCAUCAAUCGAAUCAUCAGCCACCCAGACAUGGGGUUUACACCUCUCGUCAUCGAGAUCGCGGGUCAUUACCUCCGGUCCAAUGCUUGACGCCCCCGCGCCCUCGUCGACAAAGAGGAAGCAAUCCAAAUGCAUACAGAUUUGCGUCUUGCCGCGUGUUGGCCUUCGCUCGCGGCAAAGGCCAAGGACAUGGGAAUAUCGAAAAGUCACAAUUGCCGCUUCCUCUCCAGAAUUCUAUCGAGCGAUCGACACAGUUGACCACCUUGGACAAGCUAUGCCAACACUUCCCACUGUCUCACUUCAGACAACUUCAGAGGACAACAAAAUAAUGUGGACGUUGAAGUGGUCGAUCAUGCCCGAAUCCAAAUCGGGUGAUUCUCUGGCAUACGCUGGCGUUUGGUACCUGAGAAUCCUCAGUCAAUACCUAUCACCAUCCACAGCUUCGACAACCCUCGAUGUUAUCCAUGGUGAAGACGGUUUCCGCGCGGUUCCGGCUCACCUAACUUUGCGAAUUACCUUCCAAAAUUACCAUACAUCCGUGCGAGCUGCACUUCUUCGGAGCAUCUUCAUGACGUAUUGGCAAAUGACUUCUCGCGCUUCUCGGCAGGCAUUGUCCGCUUGAAGAAUUACAAGUCUCCGCAUAUAGAGCCGCUUCUGCGCUUCUUGACACUCUCCUGAAGACGCUAGCGGACUCUUUGACGCUGGGCUGGGACCGCAAGCUCUCAACAUCUGCCUGCGCUGGGUGGCGCUUUGGCUCCUAGAAGCACUUUUGGGAGCGUCUUACCUACCUUAGUCUCCUUCUUCUCUGCCACACAUGCUACCAAGAAUCCCCCGCCUGGACGCUUCAGGAGACACGUCUGGCUGAUCGGGUUUUCCUUCUGCUGCCGCUUCAAUACAUCACGUCAAAGCUUAAGCAACACGGGGCCUGUUUUCCCUUGGUCGUUCAGUUAACAAGCGCCGUUUUCUGGAUUGUUUUGCAUUCUGAAGUAUCAGCAUAGUUGCUCU